GAAAUUUUGAAUUCAUACUAAAGGAAUAUCUAUUAAAAGGUCAAGAGUGAUAACUUAAGAAUAUAUAUGAAAGUGCACGGAUCUGGACUACUCAGUCAGUAUUGUGAAAAAAAUAUUAACAACAUAUUCUAUGAAGUUCUAUAAUAUGAAAACCACCACAAUCCUGCUUUGCUCGGCAUUGAGCUUAGCACUAGCCAAACCCAACGGACUCUAUCAUCAAGAAUACAAUUUCAAGAGCUCCUCGUCCUCUUACAAAAACAACGAGUUGCAACACAAGAAUGACGAUUCCGGAUUUUACUCCAAAGACGGCGACCUCGAAGGCAGAAUCAAACCAAAAGUGAACGCUCACAACGAACAUUCGGAAUACGUGAACCCCAACUCACAAACCCACAGCCACACCGGAGUAAACUUCGGAGAAAAUGGCGAAAUGAAUUCCUAUGGAAGAAUGAACGCACAGAACCAAGAUCUGUACGGACAAAACCUUAUGGUUGAAGGACUAAAUGGUCAGAGCGGUUACCAUGGAUCAAGUGGGUAUGGCGGUUAUGGCAGCAGCAGCAGCCACAGUAACUAUGGCUCACAAAGCAGUUAUGGUAGCAGCAUGUCUUCUAGUCUACAAAGCCUUACAGCAAGACUCCAAGCUCAAUUGGAAAAACAAUUGCAAGACGCUAUAUAUGAAAAUCAAAGAUCAUCCUCAUACUCCAUGCAUUCAUCGCAAUCUUUGCAAAACUUGGAGGAAGAACUACGCAGAAACCUAACAGAUAACUUGGAUCAAGAAAUAAGAAACCAAUACGGUAGCCAAAGCAUUAAGGGAGGAUAUACCUACUCUAUCGCGGGCGGAAAGGUUCAACCAACUGCUAAUUAUAGAAACCAAGAUUUGGAAGACUGGCGCAGACAGGCAGAAAGAAAUCUUAUAAGCAAGUUACAAAACUCAUACAGACAAUCUAGCAGCAGUAGUAGCAGCAGCAGCAACAAUAACUAUUACCAACCUAAUAACUAUCAACAAUCGACACCCAGGAUUUACUCUACCUUAUACCCAAACAUCCACACUACCACCUAUAGACCCUACAAUUACCAAACCACCACCACGUCUUACUACACGCAACACAACGAACAAUCCCAGCAGAUUCGCUACACACCAAUCUCUAAUCCCGCCCCACUCUCCACUAUUGCUCACAACGUACAAGGCGAACUUAACGAACAAAUCAACGAAAUUUUGGAAAACGUUCAAAGAAAAUACUUUACAUUGACCUCUUUCAGCUUAACGAACUUCGAUGUUGUUUUGAACAGACUUGAAAACGAAUUAAGAUCUAACGUAACUUAUUUGCUUGACGAACAGCUUAGAAGAAACUACGGCAACCAAAACUUAAGAGACGGAUACAUGUUCUCGGUGGGUCCAAAUGGACAACACAGCAGCCAACACAAUUACAGUCAAAGAGACUACGAAACCUUGAGGGAACAAGUCGAAAAAAACUUGUUGCAAAGAUUAAAAAGCGAAUUUGAAUCGAGAAAAUCCAGGUACCAACAAAACUACCAAUCCAGUAGCAACAGUUACGGAUCUUCUAGCUACGGUUCCUAUGGAAGCUACGGUCAAAACGAGUACACCUCCAUGAGACCAUCAGCCACAAACAUGGGAUCUUUGAUCACUGCCGGGCAAAGAGGCGUAAAAGGAGGCAACAACGACUACCGUUACGUUCAAGGCUCGAGACAAAGUGGUUACGAAACAUCAGGGGGAGUCAGCGAAACCGACUUGGCCCUACUGCAAAGACAAUUACAAGAAAAACUUUCAAGGAACCUUCAACAAGCCAUCAGCAAGAGCCAAUACUCUUCGGGAUAUUCUUCCGGUUCCAGAUCAAACAAUCAACAAGCUUUCCAAUUAUCCUUACAACAACUCUCCGAAGAAUUGAACAGAAACUUGACCAGGCAACUUGACGAAGCCAGAAGUGGAUACGGCAGCACCUAUUCGACCUACGGCUCGGGAGUAAGCGAAUCGCAGUUGGCAGGUUUACGAAGCCAACUUCAAAGUGAUCUUCUAAGGCAAUUGCAACAAGGUUUGACCCAAAGCUGGAGCUCAUCGAGCUCUUACAGCGCUUCUGCCAGCAGCUCCAACUACAGACCUGUAAGAGGGUUUGGCAGUAGCGGUCAGUAUGUGAACACCAUGGACGGAGAAGACUGUCAGCAUGACGAUCCUAACGCUUACCAUUCGCACAGACAAAGGAGGCACUCCGGUUACAGAAGAUCAUAUGGUCAAUAUCAACAACAAGUUGGUCAAGAAAUUGAAGAUAUUGGUCAGGUUAUUGAACACGACGAUUUCGCAAGUUUGCGAACAGACCAACGAGGAGGAAAUCAAUACCAAGUAGAAGAUGUGGGUCAAGUAGAGGAAGAUUUUGGAAAGUUGCAAGUUGACAGUCAAACUCAAGGCAAUACAUUUGUGGGACAGGUAGUUAAAGACGAUUUUAAUAGUGUAAAUACAACAAAUCAACGUAGAAGAAGUCAACCUUUAGGGCAUCAAGUUGGCAGUCAAUAUCAAAGUAAUAAAUAUGUAGGACAACAGCAGGAGGUUGAUGAUAUUGGAAAAUUUAAAAUUGGUAGUCAAUCACAGAGCAACAAAUUAGUACAAGGUAGUGAAUCUCAAACCAAUACAAAUGUGGGACAGCAGCAAGAGGACUUGGGACAGGUUGUUGAAGAGGACUCUUUUGAAAAAAUACAAGUUGGUAACCAACCAUCCAGUAGUUAUAGUAACAUUCACAUGGGGCAACAUGUAGGACAAAAUAACCGAUACAUGCUUCCGUCUACUACUCAAAAUACAGUUGAUUUAGGACAACAAAUUGAAGGUGAUGAUUUUGGAAAUUUUCAAAUUGGUAGUCAAUCACAGAACAAUAAAUUAGUACAAGGUAGUGAAUUUCCAACCAAUUCAAAUGUGAGACAACAGCAAGAGGAAUUGGGACAGGUUGUUGAAGAGGACUCUUUUGAAAAAAUACAAGUUGGUAGCCAACCAUCCAGUAGUUAUAGUAACAUUCACAUGGGGCAACAUGUAGGACAAAAUAACCGAUACAUGCUUCCGUCUACUACUCAAAAUACAGUUGAUUUAGGACAACAAAUUGAAGGUGAUGAUUUUGGAAAUUUUCAAAUUGGUAGUCAAUCACAGAACAAUAAAUUAGUACAAGGUAGUGAAUUUCCAACCAAUUCAAAUGUGAGACAACAGCAAGAGGACUUGGGACAGGUUGUUGAAGAGGACUCUUUUGAAAAAAUACAAGUUGGUAGCCAACCAUCCCGUAGUUAUAGUAACAUUCACAUGGGGCAACAUGUAGGACAAAAUAACCGAUACAUGCGUCCGUCUACUACUCAAAAUACAGUUGAUUUAGGACAACAAAUUGAAGAUGAUGAAUUUGGAAAUUUUCAAAUUGGUAGUCAAUCACAGAACAAUAAAUUAGUACAAGGUAGUGAAUUUCCAACCAAUUCAAAUGUGAGACAACAGCAAGAGGAUUCGGGACAGGUAGUUGAAGAGGACUCUUUUGAUAAAAUACAAGUUGGUGUCCAACAAUCCAGUAGUCAUGGCAACAUUCACUUGGGACAACAACAUGUAGGACAAAAUUACCGAUACAGGUAUAGGUCUACUACUCAAAAAACGGUUGAUUUAGGACAACAAAUCGAAGGUGAUGAUGAAUUUGGACGACUACAAGUUGAAAGUAAUCGACAAACAACCCAGAAAAGCACUGGUCUAGAACAAGUUAACUUGGGACAAGAGAUAGAAGGAAAACUGCAAGUAAGCAGUCAACCAAACAACAAACCUCAAAUUGGACAAACACCUGUUGUAGGACACAAAAUCGAGGAUAAUGACGAUUAUGGUCAAAUACAAGUUGAAAGUCAGCAAACCGCUAAUCAUCAAAUUACUAGCUUAUUAUCACCAAGCAGCACUAACCACCAAAACAAAUUCUAUAACAACGUGCAAUACUCUAAUAUCAAUCAACAAACAGAAGAUGACGCAUUAAGAGGUUUCUCGCAAACUAAACCAACACCAAAACCACAAAACAAUCAAUUAUUAGGGUUAAGCAAUAGCCAAUCUAUAAGAAUAUCCACAUCCAGAUCGAUACCUCAAGUCAAUGAUUUAAUUCAACAAGUUGAGGAAAGCGACUUUGAAGAAACUUCCAACAACAUCCGAUUAGAAUCAAGUACCCAAUCAACAACUGGCAGCGCUUCUUCAACAUUAGCUUCGCUAAAAACUAGUUCUGAAUCUUCUGGGCAGUCCAUGGUUGAAGCUGAAGCGGAAGCCGAAAGAUUAAUAGCAGCAAUAAGAGCUUCGCAAAGAAAAAAUAAUCAAUUUAAUAGACAAUACUCAGAUUCAGGAGUUUACAACUCCUAUAGAAGAAAUUACAACUAUGACAGUGCAAGUUCUGUAACAGAUAACAUUAAUAGAGGUGAUAUACAACCAGUUUUAUUUUCAACAAGUAAUACAAAACAACCUGAAAACGAGAGAAUAUACGAAAGUAGUACAAAAUUAAAUUUAAGACCCCAAAACUCGUAUGGGAGCUUUGGAUCAAUGAAUUCCCAAAGCUACGGAUCUAGUAACUCCUAUUUAAGUCACAGUCGCACUAAUGAUGAAUAUACUAAUAUGGAAUCACACUCCACACCUUCGCCAAUGGAACAAAACUACAGUUACAAACCAUAUAGACCAACUUCGUACAAUUCACAAACCAGCAACUCUCACAACAAGCAAUUAAAUUACGGUUUUCAGCAUCAGAUUAACGAUGAAAUUGUGACAUAUACUGGCCGUGAUAUCGAACCGUUGGAACCUAGGCAUGCAAAAAUUGUCGAACCAGUAGCACCCACACAAGGUGUUUACGUAUACAAAUCUCAAGUAGGCGUUAAGGGUGGUCGUAGAGCCGAGUUACUUUCACCAUCUGUAACUCCCAUAGAGGCAGUUGAAAUUGUAUCUACGACGCCAGGGGUACCCACCACAACUGAAGAAUUGCCCUGGUGGAAGCGCUUUGGUAACAAAGUAAAGGAUGGAGCGAAAAAUUUAAAAGAUAAAAUUGUGGGUUAAACAAUGAGUAGUAUUUAGUGAGUGUUAAAAUAUGAAAAUUAUCAUGUUUGAAAAAAAAUAUCUGAGGCUUAUGAGGGUAAUAAGAAAAUUGUUAUAAGCGUGCAUUUCUUUUUGUAGGUAGAACGUUUAAGUAGAUAUGUAAAAAACGUUUUUUUAGAUAUAAAAAACAUUAAAACUGCCUAGGGUGGCAUUAAUAGGGGCUGCAUAUUAGGAGUAAAUAUAUAUACAGGGUGUCCCAUAAUUAUCGUGAAAUACUAACAGCCGAUUCUACGCACAAAAAUACUAAAUAAACAUAACAGCUCGAGAAAUGUUUCCCAAGGAAGGUACAGCCCCAAAAAGAAGAAAAGAAUGGUUUUAAUUUAAUAUCUCCAAAACCGUUUAAAAUAGAAUAGUGAAACUUUUUGAAUUAAUCAAACUUUUUAUGGCCAAUAAGAUGUAAUGAUAAAAGUUUUAAAAUUUCCGUGAGGGGUGGGUCAAAUAGAUAGGGAUUAGGGGUAAAAACAACCCUAACUUUUUUGUACGUGUCUUGUGCCAGGAUUUGAUGUCAUAUUAUAAUAAUUUUGAGGUUUUACACACAAAAAAGCUCCUCUUGGGUUGGACAUGUAGAGACAUUGCAUAACAAGUCAUAAUGAAAUCACAACUAGAGAAAAAUACUUAGCUUAGGCCAUGGAACACGGCUGCCAUGUUUAGGAAAAAUUAUUCAAGACAGGUGGCAUUUCAUGCAAUGUGACAAGGUGUUUGAAAAUUGUUGUUUAAAUCUAAUUAAAAAGAUUUAUUAAGUACUGUUUUGAAAAAAUGUAACAUUUCACAAACCGAGAGCUGGCUGACACGAGGGUUAAACCACUCUAAAAUCAGCGAGACCAACGUUCAGCGUUAUAUGGACGUUGUGCUCUGAUUUUUCUUAUUCGACCCUUAUACAAUCCUUAUCAAUAAGAAAAAAUCCUUAUCAAUAUCAUUUCUCUUAGCUACUAGUUGUAGUUAGUAGAAUACCGCGGUAUCUGUGUUAAUCUGGAUACCAUUUUUAUGCUUGUUUGGGGGUCAUCUCCAAAAUAGUUCAAGGCAUUUUCAAUUGCAUGAUUCCUAUGGGGUCGCAUCUGCCCUCGAGCAUGUUUAAAGUUGUCAUUUUCGUCAAAUGUUUAUAUAUUGGAGGAAUUUUUCGUCCGUAAUCAUGCUCAGUAGUCAGAGCACGACCAUACACGAAGUGCAUGUUUGCCAGCUUUCGGUUUGUGAAAUGUUCCAUUUUUCCAAAACAUUACCUACUACUAAUAUUUUUCUUAAUUAGUUUUAAACACAAUUUUCAAACACUCUGUUACUUAUUAAAUGAAACUGUCACCUGUUUUAAAUAAUUUUUCCUAAAGAUGGCAGCCGUUUUCCAUGGCCUACGCUGAAUCUUCUUCUCUAGUUUCAUUAAGAAUUUUUAUGCAAUGUAAGGUAAUUUUCAAAUUAAUUUUUAGCGCAAACGGUGCAUGAUAUUAAAGUUCAACAAAAGGAACCUUUUUUGUUUUUAAUACUCCAAAUUUUAUAAUCUGACAUCUAAUCCUGGCACAAGACACGUACAAAAAGUUAGGGUGGUUUUAACCUCCACUCCCUAUCUAUCUGACCCACCCCUCAUGGACAUUUUAAAAUUGUUAUUAUUACAUCUUAUUGGCCAUAAAAAGUUUGAUCAAUUCCCUUUCACUUUUCUAUCUUGAAUGGUUUUGAAGAUAUUAAAUAAAAACCAUCUUCAGGGGCUUCUCUUUUGGGGGCUAUAGCUCCCUUAAAAAGCAUUUCUCGACCUAUGUUUAUAGAAACUUUUUUUUAAUUUUUAAACACAGAAUCUGCUGUUAAAGUAUUGGACGCUAAUUAUGGGACACCCAGUAUUCAUAUAUGAGGGGGUAAGAAGCAGUUUUUGUUAUAUACAAAAAUCUGGAUACUUGUUUUAAUAUUAUUGUUUGGAUUAAUAAACAUGCAGAACUCGUACAAAUUUCACGUUAUGAGAAAAUUAUUAUGAGAACUUAUUUUCAUGCAUUUGCUUUUUACCCCUUCAUAUAUAUUAUAAUUAUAAGUUUAUGUAAACAAUGUUUUUUUCUGCAAUUUAUUUUCUUAAGUAUGAUUUUAUUUGUAAUAUGAGUAGAGGAUAUCAGACAAAGCUAAACCCAUGUGAGUUAAUGUUAUGUGAGGCAUUCGAGGAUGUCGACGAAUAUGUCUCGAUGUUAUCAAAAAGCUUAACAUGCUGUGCUGUCAAAACUGAAAUGCCAUUUUUUAAUUUCCAAAGAAUCUUAAAACCUAAUUGAGGCGUAGAAGUACCAAAGGGGGUAUGUGCCAUUUUUCGUUAAAAACAUAGUAAGGGUACAUACUAUGUUUUUUUACAAAAAAUCUCAACAGAAAAAAUGGCACAUUGAAGGGUACCAAAGGGGUAUGUACCAUUUUUCGUUAGAAACAUAGUAAGGGUACAUACUAUGUUUUCAUCGAAAAAUCUCAACAAAAAAAUGGCACAUACCCCUUUGCCAAAGGGCCUUUGGUACUUCCACACCUCAAUUAUAUCUCAAAUGGCUUAAAAGGAUUCCUGAAAAAGCUAAAUCAUUGCAAAUUAACUUCAUUAUAGGCAUUUUAGAAUGUCAACGUCGACAUGGUUUGUAGGGUAUGUAAAUAUUUUAGUUUUAAAAGGAAAAUACACAAUAAUUAGUGUAGAUUUAAGUUUUUAAAGCACGUUAAUUUUUAAAAAUCGAAGUGACUAGGUGGCCGUUAGAGUGCCUGCAAUUUAUUUUUUACAGGCGCGCUAGUAACGUAAUGUGCAGGUUAAUUUAAAGUUGGCGGCACGUCAAUAAAAUGUUAAUAAAUUGUACCUGUAAACAGGGUCUCAGAUUUUAUUCAGGAAAAUUUAGUAAUCAAUAAAACUUGCAAAAAUAAGAAGAAAAAUGUAGGUAUAUGAACUUGUAAUCCUUAAAGCUUUGUUUUAAUGAAUGGUAUGGUAUUAA